UGAGGUGGUCGAGUGUGCAGUAGACGGCAGCGGCCUGACCAAGCUUGUGGUGUGAGCACUUCUGUUCCAGAAGAUUCCCAAAAAUACCCAAUUAUGACGGAUAGUGAUUGGGACACCGUGACAGUACUUCGAAAGAAGCCUCAAAAGUCUUCACAGCUUAAGAGUGAGCAGGCAGUGAACCAAGCAAGACGAAGUGGUGUCCAAAUAGAAACCAGCUCUAAAUAUGGAGCUGCAAGCAACAAGCAGCAUGGCACAUCCAUGAACACAGCCAAGCUUGACCGUGAGACAGAGGAGCUGAAGCAUGAGAAGAUUUCACCAGAUGUAGGCAGACUUAUCCAGCAAGGCCGCCAAGGAAAAAAUUGGACUCAAAAGGACCUAGCCACUCGCAUUAAUGAGAAGCCACAGGUGAUCCAGGAGUAUGAACAGGGCAAGGCAGUGCCAAAUCAGAAUGUCCUCGGAAAAAUUGAGAGGGCCAUAGGGCUACGCCUUCGUGGAAAGGACAAAGGCCAAGCUCUACAGCCUCCUGGGAACAAGAAGAAGUAACAAGAAGCAGACACUGCACUUCUCUUGCUUUAUUCAGAAGUCUUGCACAUGCAACUGAGCAAUUCCCUAAUGUUCACCUUUUUUGUUCUUUUAUUUAUUUUUUUAUUAUUAUUUUCUUUUUAAGCUGAGUUUUCUAUUUUCCCUGGAAAGGAAAGACUGUUACUUGUUAAUGUUGGAAACAUAUGCAAUUCUUAUAAACAUGCACUGCACUUGAAGGAUAUUUUAUGCUUAUAAUGGAUUCCUUAUGUGUUAAUACAAUGUUAUUUCUCUAAACUGUAUAUGUAAUUUGUUCUGUAGGUUACCUCUGUACCAUCAUACAAGGAAAUCUGAGUAGAAAGUUUUUUUUUGCUGAUCACGUAUUAUGUGUGCAUACAUUAACUUUCUCGGUGUCAAACUCUUCAGAAGGACUAAUUUGUUUUCAUUCUUCUAAUGUUUCCAUGCAAUUUAAUGGCAUAUUUGGGAGCUUCUGACUACCAAGCAUUUAAUUGUUUGCAAACAAAGACAGGUAAUGGUAAAUUAAGGAGAAAUAAGUUGAAAUGUCAUUUGAUCUAUACUUUUAUCCAUUUGGCAUACUUAAUUGUUAAACUUUUUUCAAUUUUCUAAGGUGUAUGCUGAAUAAAACCCUUUAAGUACUUG